AUGAGUCUCUCUGGCAAGGACAAAGACAACGUCAAAGCCUUCUGGGCCAAGAUCAGCUCAAAGGCUGACGAGAUAGGUGCUGAUGCUCUGUACAGGAUGCUGACUGUUUACCCCCAGACCAAGACCUAUUUUGCCCACUGGAAUGAUUUGAGCAAGGGCUCUGCCCAAGUGAAGAAGCAUGGAAAGAUUAUUAUGGGUGGCGUGGGAGAAGCUGUCAAAAAAAUCGAUGACCUGACCAAUGGGUUGCUGAAACUAAGCGAGCUGCACGCUUACCAGCUACGUGUUGACCCGUCCAACUUCAAGAUCCUGGCCCACAACUUGCUUGUUGUUCUGGCCAUGUUGUUCCCUGAUCACUUUACUCCUGAGGUUCAUGUGUCCAUGGAUAAGUUUCUUGCUGCCGUGUCCCUGGCUCUCGCUGAGAAGUACCGAUAA